AUGGAGUCAACAGACAUCACAGAGGCCUCAAUCAAGGCCGCCAUUGAGGAGCGCCUCAAGGCCGUGCACGUCGAGGUCACAGACAUGUCCGGCGGCUGCGGCCAAUCCUUCACGACCCUCAUCGUCUCCCCCGAGUUCGCCGGCAAGAACUCCCUCAGGCGCCACCGGCUCGUCAACGCCGCCCUCAAGGACGAGAUCGCCCGGAUACACGCCUGGAGCGCAAAGUGCCAGACCCCCGACGAGUGGCAGCGGGACAAGGCCGCGGCCGGCGCCGGCGGCAGCACCGAGGGCCCGCCCAUGGACGGCACGGUCGACGGCAAGGUCGACGGCGUCAAGCAAUAG